GUGGUUCUUGGCUGUGACAACAAUGCUGUCCUUCAUGCGGUUGACUAUGGAGCCAAAACUGGAGCCAUGGAGAAGUCUGACGUGGCCCAGGGCGGCACCUGCGUGCGCGAGGUGUUCUGGAGCAGCGGCCAGUUCCCCGCCUGGUGGCGGCAGCUGGCCAACGAGUCGGCCGGCGUGUUCUUGGACGCGCAGGCGUUUGAGCUAACUGGCGACGAGACGGCGCUGCGCCAGAGCCUUCUGAAGCUCAGUCGGCGCUACAGGUCGUGUCUGCGGGCCAGCAUGGAGACGGUGUCGGCGACGGACGCGGCCGAUGCGGAGAUGCAGCGUCAGCUCCUGGACAGCAUGGAGAUGAUCUGGCACCUCUGCGAGAUCCUCCUCAUCGAAAAGAAGCGAGGGGGUGUGGUGCUGUACCAGCUGCUGGACUGGGUGCGCCAGCACGCCACACAGUUCGACAGGGCCGCCGCCCACGUCACCGAGGCAGAGGUGCCAGAGAGCCACCCCGAGUACUGGAACACGGUAUACGGCUUCGUGCUGCAGGGGCGGCAGGACGCGGCGCGGAAGCUGCUGCGCCUGCACGGCAGCUUCGGCACGGAGCCGUUCGUCAGCGCCGACGAGCUGCUGCGCAAGACGCCGGCGGGCGGCGAGGCGAGCGUGGCCGGCUUCGAACUACGCUGGCGCGGCUGGCAGGAGCAGUGCAUCCGCCGCCUGGAGGACGGCGAGUUCGGCUUCAGCCCUCGCCUCCAGACGCUGGUCAAGAUUCUCUGCGGCGACGCUCCGACCUUCGAGGACCUGUACAAGCAGAUGGGUUCCUGGUACCACCUCAUGGUGUCCUACACCCUGUACUCCCGGCCCUGGGUGGGCAUCUCCGACCUCAGGGACGCGGCCGAGGACAGCAUCGAGGUGUUCGGCGGCGCCAGGCAGCACUCGGCGCUGGACGCCAUGCUGCACGCCGUGGUGGACGGCGACGUGCACACGCUGCUGAAGACGGCGCAGGCGACGCUGCCGGACGGCUGGCUGACGGCGCACCUGGCCGACCUGCUGCACCGGCUGCCCUACGGCGGCGGCGGCGGGCGGCGCACCAGCUUCCUGACCGAGCUGCGCCACCACCUCGUGCUGGAGUACGGCGGAGCGCUGUUCGCGGCCCGGCCGCUCUGGCAGCUGGGCGCCGUCUACCUGGACGGCUGCGGGCCGCAGGGACGCGCCCGGCUGGCGCUCCUGCUCGAGCGGCUCGACCCCGACUCCGACCGGCGCGCACGCAAGAUCAUCGAGGUGGCCGAGCGGCGCGGCCUGACCGAGGUGGCCAGCUCGGUGUACAGCGGCACCGGACAGUUCGCCAGCGCCGACUUCAUCGACAACCUCGGCGCCUGUAUCCUGAAGAGCGACCGGCUCAUGUUUCUCGGUAAAUACCGUGAGUUCCAUCGGCUCUAUGAGGAGGGUAAGAUGGCAGACGCUGCCUCUCUGCUCGUCACACUGCUCACGUCACAGCUGGCACCCAAAUACUUCUGGAUGACGCUGCUGCUGGAUGCCGUGCCGCUUCUGAAGGGCGAGGAGGUGGUCAUAUCGUCCGCACAGACAUACGACCUGAUCGGCUGCGUGGAGCAGCUGAGGCGGGCUGAAAAACUGGACGAAGACUCGGCCGACGUGAAGCUGAUCCGUCUCGCGCUCUCCCACAACCUGGCGCAGGCCAUCAUCGUCGAGGGCUCGAGCGCCGGCUGA